AUGGCAAGAAAUCUUGGGUUUUUCUUGGCCAUAAUAGGUCUAUUUCUUGGCCUUGUUUCAGCCUCAAACUGGAACAUUUUGAAUCAGAAGAAAGGGAAAUAUGGGCUCCAAAUCACAUUGAAGAAUUACUGUGAGAGUUGGAGGAUGAAUGUUGAGCUACACAACAUAAGGGAUUUUGAAGUUGUGCCUGAGGAAUGUGUUCAAUUUAUUGGGAAAUACAUGACAUCAACUCAAUACAAGGUGGAUUCUGAAAGGACAAUUGAUGAAUGCACAGUUCAUAUGUAUACUUGCUGUGAUUUUAAGAAAGGUGGCAAAGAUGCCUGGAUUUUCGACAUCGAUGAUACUCUUUUGUCUACCGUCCCUUACUACAAGAAAAACGAUUUCGGGGGUCGGAAAUUGAACUCUACAUCUUUAGAGGAAUGGAUGAGCCAAGGGAAAGCACCAGCUCUAGAGCACUCUUUGAGGCUUUUCAAUGAGCUGAAAGGGCUUGGGAUUCAAAUCAUUUUGGUUUCUUCAAGAAGGGAAUGUCUCAGAUCUGCCACCAUUGAUAACCUUGUUGAUGUAGGUUAUCAUGGCUGGACUAGUCUCAUAUUAAGGGGCGAAGAUGAUGAAAAGAAGAACAACCAAAAAUUCAAGGCUGAUGUGAGAAAGAAAUUUAUAAACAAUGGAUAUCGCAUUUGGGGCAUUUUAGGAGAUCAAUGGAGCAGCAUUGAAGGCCUCCCAUCAGCAAAAAGGACAUUUAAGCUCCCAAAUCCUCUAUACUAUGUUGCUUAA